GGGCCGCCUCCCGUCCUCGCGCCCGCCUCGCUCGCUCUCGCUCGACCUCCGCGCUCGGCCAAGAUGGCGGCUGCUGUCCGGGCCAUCGGGAGCCUCACGCGCUUCACGCCCGCCCUCAAGUACUGCCGGGCCCGGGGCUGCCGCUCAGGUUACGCCUGCCGAAACCUCAGCACGUCCUCCCCUCUUAAGUCAAGAAGCCAUGUUAACUAUGACAUCAAAGGAGAUGUUGCUGUCGUGCGCUUUAACUCUCCAAAUUCCAAGGUCAACACCCUCUCCAGGCAGCUGCAAGACGACUUUUCCGCCGUAAUGAACGAAAUCUGGGCCAACGAGGCCGUCAGUAGCGCCGUCCUGAUCUCGUCGAAACCCGGCUGUUUCAUUGCUGGUGCAGACAUCAACAUGAUUGAGGCCUGCCAGUCCAGCCAAGAAAUAACUCUACUUUCUCAGGAAGGACAGAAGAUGCUGGAGAAGCUGGAGAAAUCGCCAAAGCCCAUCGUUGCUGCUAUCAGCGGGUCCUGCCUUGGGGGAGGACUAGAGGUUGCCAUUGCUUGCCAGUACAGAAUAGCAACCAAGGAUAAGAAGACUGUCCUGGGAACCCCAGAGGUGCUGCUGGGUCUGCUGCCGGGGGCAGGAGGCACCCAGAGGCUGCCCAAGAUGGUGGGGCUUCCUGCUGCCUUUGACAUGAUGCUGACCGGAAGAAACAUCCGCGCUGACAGAGCAAAGAAGAUGGGGCUGGUGGACCAGCUGGUGGAUCCUCUAGGGCCAGGGAUCAAGAGCCCCGAGGAGCGGACGCUGGAGUACCUGGAGGAAGUGGCCAUCACCUUUGCCCGAGGCCUCGCCAAGAAGACGAUUUCUCAGAAAAGGAACAAGGGGCUGAUGCAGAAGGUGAUGGACUAUGCCAUGAGCAUUGGCUUCGUGCGGCAGCAAGUCUACAAAACGGUGGAGGGCAAAGUGCGGAAGCAAACGAAAGGCCUCUACCCGGCUCCCCUUAAGAUCAUCAAGGUUGUGAAGACAGGCUUGGAACAAGGCAACGAAGCUGGCUACCUUGCAGAAUCCCAGAAUUUCGGGGAGCUCGGGAUGACUUCUGAGUCCAAGGCGCUGAUCGGGCUGUACCACGGUCAGGUCCAGUGCAAGAAGAACAAGUUUGGGCAGCCAAAGCAACCUGUCCAGAACCUUGCCAUCCUGGGGGCAGGCCUGAUGGGCGCUGGAAUCGCCCAGGUCUCCGUGGACAAAGGGAUGAAGACCAUUCUGAAGGACACAGCCCUGGAGGGCUUGAGCAGAGGACAGCAGCAGGUCUACAAAGGCUUGAACGACAAAGUGAAGAAGAAGAGCCUGACGUCCUUCGAGAGGGACAUGAUCCUCAGCAACCUGACGGGGCAGCUGGAUUACAAGAACUUUGGGACGGCGGACAUGGUGAUUGAGGCCGUCUUUGAGGACAUCAGCAUCAAACACAAAGUGGUGAAGGAAGUGGAGGCGGUGGUCCCCCCUCACUGCAUCUUCGCCAGCAACACAUCGGCGCUCCCCAUCAAUCAGAUCGCCUCCGCCAGCAAAAGGCCGGAAAAGGUGAUUGGGAUGCACUACUUUUCCCCCGUCGACAAGAUGCAGCUCCUUGAAAUCAUCACCACAGACAAAACGUCCCCGGACACGGCAGCCGCUGCAGUCGCCGUGGGCCUCAAGCAAGGGAAGGUCAUCAUUGUCGUGAAGGAUGGCCCCGGCUUCUACACAACCAGGUGUCUCGCGCCCAUGUUGGCCGAAAUCGUCCGAGUCCUCCAGGAAGGCAAUGACGCCAAGAAGGUGGACGCCAUGUCCACUGGCUUUGGCUUCCCCGUCGGAGCUGCCACGCUGAUCGACGAGGUGGGCGUUGACGUGGCCACGCACGUGGCAGAGGACCUGGGCAAGGCCUUUGGCGAGCGCUUCAAAGGGGGCAACGUGGAGCUGAUGAAGGCCAUGGUGGACAAGGGCUUUCUGGGCCGCAAAGCCGGGAAGGGCUUCUACCUUUACCAGGAAGGCGUAAAGAACCGGAACGUCAACACCGGCAUGGACGAAAUCUUGGAGAGGUUCAAAGUGGCCGCCAAGCUGGAAGUCUCCUCAGAGGAAGACAUUCAGAUGCGCCUGGUGUCCAGGUUUGUGAACGAGGCGGUCCUGACCCUGCAAGAGGGCAUCCUCAGCAACCCCGUGGAGGGGGACAUCGGGGCUGUGUUCGGGCUGGGCUUCCCCCCCUGCCUGGGAGGUCCCUUCCGGUACGCAGACUACUACGGGGCCCAGCGGCUGGUAGACCGCAUGAGGAAGUAUGAGGACGUCUACGGGAGCCAGUUCACUCCCUGCCAAUUGCUGCUGGACCACGCCAAGGACUCCGGCAAGAAGUUUCACAAGUGAAGGUGCCUCUGGCGCCACCGUCCGUCCGACCCCCGGGAAAGGCGGGGGGAGGCAGGAGGCCUGCAGGAGAGUCUCCUGCCUGUAGCUCAGGGGGUUGUGGGUCUUCACCCUCCAAGUGCCUUAGCCGUGCAGGCACUGUCUCCCCAACCCCGGCUCCGACCCCCUCGUCAGGCCGAAGGUCAGCCUUCGAUUAAUCCAGGGUCUUCUCUGCCCGGCCUCAUCCUGGCGCCCCGCCAAGCCUGCCACCGGCCUCGGGUCUCGGGCCACCGGCAGCUGAUUCUGGGCCCAGGACUGGCCUGCGGUCGUGACCCACACCCAAAGAACCCCUAACAAUAAAACCCCAGUGUCUUGUUC